AUGGAAGGAAAGAUGCUCUCUGAAAAUCUUUGCUAUUUCUUUUGGGAUUUAAAGAAUAUUUCUGAACCUGAAAAUAUUCCAUCAAGUAUUACCAAACCAGCAGCAAUCAAAUACACCAGCUUUGUGGUAACCAUGAUUUAUUGCAUUAUUGGGCUAAUCAGCAACGCUAUUGUCAUCUAUAUUACUGGAUUUGUAAUGAAGGAAAAACGAUCAAAUGUUUGGUUUUUCCAUUUAGCUGUUGCUGAUUUUCUUUUUUUGCUUUUCUUGCCAUUCAAUGCUGUUUCUGAAUUUAAUGGUAGUUGGUCAUAUGGAUCCCAUCUUUGCAAAAUCUAUCAUUUCCUUUCCAGUUGCAAUAUAUAUGCAAGUAUUUUUAUCAUUACUGCCCUAAAUAUUGAUCGUGUUUUGUCUGUAGCUAAACCCAUUUGGCAUCGCAAGUUCCUAUCUCCAAAAGUUUACUUUUGGACCUGCACAUCAAUUUGGGUAAUAACAGUACUUGGAAGUCUUCUGGCUGCAUUUUUCAGUGAUGAAUACAAAAUUGGAGGAAAAAAUCAAUGUAUUUUAGGCUAUGUUGGGCAUAAUACAAGUGGACACAGUAAUUGGAGUAUUAAUCAACAAAAACAGAAAUUUCCUAUGAAAAAUGGAGAAGACCCAGCAAAAGAAUUUGAUGAUUUACAAGGUAUCUACCUUAAUUAUUAUAAUGGAAGCAAACGUGGACCACUAGUUAGACAAAUAUCAGUGCCCAGCUUCUUAAAUACUGUGAAGUAUUACUUUUUUACAACUUUUGAGGAGAAAAUUUUUAAAAAACUUCCUCCUUACCGACAACAAUGUAAAAAUAAUGAGUGUUGUGCUAAUGAAGACAAGUUAUCAAAAUGGAACCAGAUGCUGUUAACAACAGAAAGACUUAUAAUUCCUCUUUUAGCUGUUAGUUACUUUAUUCCUCUGUGUGUUAUUCUGAUUUCAAAUCUAUCAAUUGCCAUAAAAGUUAGAAAAUCCAAAAGUGUAAAUCCUUCCAGGCUGUAUAGGAUUGUAGUUACUGUGGUUUUGGUUUAUUUCUUAACAUGGACACCACUGGUCAUAGCAGAAAUUAUUUUCUUGGUGGCUGCUCGUAAAAUGGAUUUUUCACUAGUUUCUAAAAUCAGUAUGAUUUUACCUUUGCUGACCAGCAUAGCUUAUUCAAACUGCUGUCUUAAUCCCAUCAUGUAUGUGCUGGUUGGCAAAAAUGUAAAAGUAAUACUUAGAGAUUCUAUCUACAGUAUUACACAAAGUUUUUCAAAGAGUUCAAUCUCUUUGUCAAAUUAA